GGGGCGGGUUUUGCGGGGGUUUGUGUGCGUGAGCGCGGAUUGGUGGAGCGAGCAGAGGAAGCUUGUGCUUGACAACCAGCGAGCGCCAGGGACAACAAGAGCCUCUCGCCUCGAAACAAGGAGGAAAAAACCACUAGACAGUGCGUCUCGACACACCCUCGGUGGACCCACAGAGGACUUCUGCACUUCGCGUAUAUGUAGAGAUUAUCAGCUUGCCAUCAUGACGGCUGAGGAGAUCAUAAAUGUAAAGGAAGUGGAGAUCAUUAAGGUGAUGCUGGACUUCCUAAAUUCACGCAAACUGCACAUUAGCAUGCUGGCCCUGGAGAAGGAGAGCGGGGUCAUCAAUGGCCUUUACUCGGAUGACAUGCUGUUCCUCAGGCAGCUCAUUCUGGAUGGACAGUGGGAUGAAGUGUUACAGUUUAUUCAGCCUCUUGAGUGUCUGGAUAAAUUUGACAGGAAAAGGUUCCGCUACAUUGUUUUGAAACAGAAGUUUCUGGAAGCUUUGUGUGUGAACAACGCCAUGUCUGCUGAGGAUGAGCCACAACAUUUGGAGCUGACAAUGCAAGAGGCUGUGAAGUGUCUGCAUGCUCUAGAAGAGUUUUGUCCAACUAAAGAUGACUACAGCAAGCUUUGCCUUCUCCUGACGUUGCCCCGCCUCACCAACCACGCCGAGUUCAAGGACUGGAAUCCGAGUACGGCACGCGUGCAGUGUUUUGAGGAGGCCUGCGGCAUGGUGGCAGAGUUUAUUCCCGCUGACCGAAAGCUAAGCGAGGCGGGGUUCCGCGCCAGCUCCAACCGUCUAUUCCAGCUUCUGAUUAAAGGUGUACUGUACGAGUGCUGCGUGGAGUUCUGCCAGAGCAAAGCCACCGGAGAGGAGAUCACAGAAAGCGAGGUUCUUCUGGGUAUAGACAUGCUGUGUGGGAACGGCUGCGACGAUCUCGACCUGAGCUUGCUUUCUUGGCUCCAGAACCUGUCGCCCAAUGUCUUCUCUUGCGCCUUUGAGCAGAAGAUGCUCAAUAUCCACGUGGAUCGGCUUGUUAAACCCGCCAAGGCCGCUUACGCCGACCUCCUUACUCCGCUCAUCAGCAAACUCUCGCCAUAUCCCGCUUCCCCUCUCCGGCGCCCACAGUCUGCAGACACCUACAUGACGCGCUCUCUGAACCCAGCACUGGACGGCCUGUCUUAUGGUCUUUCUGGCCAAGAUAAGAGAGGAGUGGGAACAGAUGGAGGGAAAACUUCGCCCAUGUCGCACUCGUUCGCUAAUUUUCAACACUUGAACCGCAGUGUGAUGAUGGAGAAUUCAGGAUGUCACAGCAUCUAUGUGCAUUAA